GUCUUUUGAACAACAAACAAGCGGACGUUUGAUCGUAUCAUACCGUUAAUAUCCGCCGAAUUUCGUAGCGGACGUGUCGGUCAAAAUGUGCGACAAGAUUAUGGUUCAUAAUACGGCAUAAUUAUGAUAUAUUCUGACCGGUGUUCGAGAACCGAAAUAAUGCAAGGUGAACAAGUAUGAAACAUUAAACAUGUCUCAUGGCUGGAGGCAGGGGCAACAACAAGCAAAGUGGAAAUUUAGACAGAAUACAUCAAUGGCUCUGUUGCCAUCAACUUUAUGCUUCUGUCAAGCCUGAACCUCCUUUCAGUGAAACAUUUAAAAAACAUCAGCAUAUAGAAACAAACCGAAUUAUUGCAAAAAGUCUUAAUGAACUGCAAGAUAAUAUUUUAAGCAUAUUUGUGGACUCUUUGUAUUGUGAUCUUAACAUAGUACAUGGACAUAAUAUAAUACAAACAAACCAGUGUAUUGUUAAAACAAGAGCUCCCCACUUUUACAAGGUUCUCAAGCCUUAUUUUGUAUACAUUAACAAACAUAUUGAUUGCAUCAUUGAUAAACUGGAAAUUUUUCAUCAUAUAGAAGGCUUUGUGAGGCUUUUAUACAGCAAUUCAGACUUCUCAAAAGAAGAACAGUUAUUGGUAGAACAUAUUUUGAGCACUUAUACCUCAAAACUUGUGAAUGCACCUUCUGAUAAUAAAACAAUAGAUACUAAUAAAAGAUAUGCGGAUUGCACAUCUGACUGUCAUUCAGGAAGCAUUGAAAAUACAAGAAAUGUGAGAGAAUAUGCUACUGUGGAUAUAAGCCCCACUGUGUCCGAUAUGGCUGAUUCUGGUUUAGAAACUGGUUCUGUAAGUCCACAUGAAAAUACAACAUCUGAGAAUUCAAGUACCGAUUUUGAAGAACUACAAGUCACAGAAUAUAAUUCUGGAAAUGAUGAAUUGGAUAAAACACGUGCUAGACGUGUACAUAACAAAAAUCAAAAACUAGUUAUAAAAAAUGAGCACAAUAAUUCGACUAACAAUUGUGACAAUACAUGCCACAAGAAGAAUCUAGUAGACUCAAGCUUAAUGGAAUGUAGUUCAAAUGAUCAACGUGCAACGAGUUGUUCUUUCACCUCAGAACAACCACAAUUAGAUUCUUCUAGUUUAUCCAUGGAAAAUGCUCAAAAAGCAAAAUUACAUACAGAUGAAAUUUUUCAAUAUGAAAACCAAGUACUUAGCGACCCAUUUUAUGAGUCAGACUGUGGAAGUGAUGAAAAUGAAUCUUUUGAAUUUAUUAAUCUUGGGAAUGCAUCUUCUGUAAACACCGAUAUAGAUCAAAGUUGCACAAAAGAAGAACCUUCGAAAAAAUCACAAGAUAUUAAUGUGUGUCAUUCUAAUCAUCCAGAAGUUGAGAAUGUUCAAUCCGAAAAUACAAAUCAUGAAAUAUCACAUGAUAUACACAGUCAAAAAAGUUCCUGUAGUACAAGUAACUAUUACUUUAUUGAUGCUUCAACACUUAAUGAUGAAAUAGAAGUUCCAACAUCCAGUGUAGUAAAAAAUAAAUGUUAUGACGAAAAGUCACAACCACAUAUUUCUUAUUCUUCUAAAUAUGUUGUAAGCACAACUAAUGACGUUGCCGAAGAGCAACAUUAUAAAUUUACACCGCUUAAAGCAACUAAUUUACAAACAGGACAUGAGAAAAUAGCAGAAUUCGAAAGAGAAUUAAAACUUACCGAAUAUCUAGAACCACUUACGGAUACGCGAAAGAUAAGAAGAACUGAUUCUAUCUCUGAAGAUAAAAUAAAUGUUGAAACAAAUAAAGAAUCUUUAGCUGUAGAAAUUAAAGAAGUAGACAGUGGUGAAAGUGCACAUCCUUCUCCUUGCCCUGACAAUAAUAAAAAUAUAAAUAAUGAUCGACAUGUUAUAUCACGAAUAAGUAAUGACAAUGCAAAUGUGACAAUACAAACUAAAAAAGAGAUAAUUGAACAAACGAACGAUAAAGACGCUAAUUUAGUGGAUGAUACACGACGACCUUCUCUUAUCAGAAGGAAUACAUUUGAGCUGGGCUCAAAUGACGAAAAGCUUUCAGUGCUAAGGCAAGAAUAUGAACGACGGCAAGGUAAUCUUGUAUUUAAAAAUGCUAUACCUCAAUAUUCAGGACAUCGUGUUGACGGCGAUUCAUGUUUUAAUCCACCAGACGAACUUUCAAUCCCGAUAAGCAAUGUAUUAAGUAAGUUUCCAUUAGAUGUUCAAAUUCCAAGUAGUAGUCAGUAUCAUACAAUGCCAUAUCUUUCAUUAGAAAAUGGAAAAUAUGAAAAUAAUCAGACACCACCAGAAAAUAAUAAUUCUCUGAAAAAUGAAACUAAUAUUAUAUAUCCAGUAACUAAAAGUGCGAGUGAUGAAGUAGUUAUGGAUUAUCAUAUGGAACUGGACAAUGGUUCGAAUAAUUGUAGUAACAGUUUACCUAUUACAUUAAGUUGCAUUAUAGAAAAGGAGAGUAGAACCGAUACAAUGAAGAAAACUAAAUGUGACGAGACUAUGCCUAUUAUUUCUGGUGGUGUUAGCACUUCAGACUAUUCUAAGCCUACUGAUAGCCCUACUGUGCGUCGAAAGACGGAGUCUACACCGAUUGUUUCUGGUGGUUCUGUUAUUAUGAACGAACCUGAGGUAAAAAUGAGAUCUACGAGAAUGUCUUCAUCUAUGACUGCAUGGGUAGUUGAUAUGAGCGAUUGCAAUAAAAAUGAACCCAAGUCAUUGAACAAUAGUCAUACUGGAAUGUCUCAAAGUUUUUCAAGUUCAGAAUGCAUGAAGAAACCAACAAGAAAAAUAAGGGGUCAUGAGAAACAUGGUAGCUUAGGAUUUUUCGUUAAUUUGAAAGAUAUGGACUGUAAAACUGUUUUGCAACAACAAAAUUGUUCAAUAGAAAAAAAAGAACAGAACGAAUGUAGUAAAUCUUAUUGUGAAUUUUACGUUGAUAUGUCUAGUACAAGUAAUGCACCAAAAAGUAAAAAAUUAGAGGUAGAAGAAACUACCGUAAAAUCUGAAAAAUCUAAUAUAAGUGGUGAUAAGAAAAACAUUUUCUCGAUGUUUAUUGAUUUAAGUGAUCCACCGAAGAACAAAGAAAAUAUGCAACCAUCACACGGAAAAAGUUUUUCGACAUACUCUGACAAACAAAUAGAAGUGAAGUCGGAUGAUACUAAUUCAAGUGAGAAUAGUAUCACAACGAAAGAAGAUCAAUCGUCGACUGAACAAAAAUGCGUUAGAGAAAAAGCUAAACCAAGUGUUUUCAUGUAUAUAGAGUCUGAUUCUCCAGUAGUAAGAAGAAGAACAUUGUCUUCAUCACGACCAACAUUCAAACGACAUUCUUGGAACGUUGAUAAAACUCAAAGUGUUAACAACAAUGGACAUGUUGCAAAAGAAUUAAUAUUUAGAAAAGAACAUAAACGCGCACAUAGUCUGUCCGUAGAUCGGGGAGACUUAAAGAAGCUACAAGCAAAACCCAGUUCUUCAAGUCACUCUUUAAGUGAUACAGCAAAACCAGAAUCUGUUACUCAGAAAAAUUCCAAAAUCCUUCAGGAAGGUAACAAUGGUCCAAAUAAUAUGGACACAUCGUCAGAAGAUGUCUUUGAGUUUGAUGUGAGAGAUACACCCCCAAAUUCUCACGUUGAAGUGAUCAAUGAGGAACUUCGGGUCAGUAUAAAAGAACACGACUACACAGAACUAAAAACUGAAAGAAUCACGGAAAAUCUAAAUACUGCCGAUGUUAAAACAUAUGAGGACGAAUAUUCAGAAACUUCAGCAUGGGAGAAAACAUGUACAGAGAGUACCGAGGGACAAACACGCAAAAACGAAACAUUUGACAUCAGUAGUGGCAGUGGACCAUCACCUGAUAGUGAUAAUCAUGAUUAUGAAUUAUCAGAACUAUUAAAUGGAGAAGUGCCAAACAUUAAUCGUCCACAAGUAGUUCCUGCCGUAGGUAGUAAAAUAUCAGAAACACAUAAGUCUUUAAAUGAAACAAUUAAAAAAAUAGAAAGUGAAUUGAAAAGUUCAGACUAUGUGAAGCCAGAAACAGAAUAUGAUAACCAUAAUAUAACAUCUAAGAAAAAUGAGCGAACUACAGGACACAAUACGAAGACAACUUCCAACUUCGUUCGAUUAUCUGAUCUAGAUAAAACACCUGCGGUUUCCCUUUCGACGGAUAUGUUGACUGUGAAAGAAGAUAGAAGUACCUAUCGUAUGUGCAAUAGUAUCCCAGAGAUUUCCUGGAUUGAAAGCAAAUUAGUAAUGUCUAGAACUAAUGGAUCUGUUAGGCCACUCCCCAGAAAAUUUACUUCAGUCAUGAGCACUUCCCUUCCAUCUAAACAAAAGUCUCCCCUUGAAGAUCUAACAGGAGAAUAUGAUGGAGAAGGAAUUAUAUCAGAAUCUGAUUUAAGUAGUAUGCAAAGUAGCAUGGGCCGUUCUGGUGCUGAGGGAAGUACAGAGGAAACUGAAACAUCAAGUUUAGUAGGAAGUAGACCAUACAAUAGAUUAGGAGAAGAUCUGUUAAGAAUGUUCUUAGAAGAGAUAAAUCCAGAUGUAACAAUCGAUGUAGCUGGACGUCGUAUAAGAGCGCACAAAUGUAUAUUAAGUUCUCGGUGUCAAUAUUUUGCGGCAAUUCUUAGUGGAGGUUGGAUCGAAAGCGUAGGAAAUGUUAUUUCUCUGCAAGGAUAUUCUUAUGAUGCGGUACAUUUUGCACUGUGUCACAUAUACAGCGGAGAAAGUAACAUACCAGAUUCUAUAAGUAUAGUUGAAUUAGCUACAUUAGCUGAUAUGUUAUGCUUGGAAGGUCUUAAAGAAAUUAUUGGAUAUACGCUUAAAGUUAAAUAUUGUCAUCUCUUUCACAAGCCUUGCCAAAUAUGUGCCGUUGGUGUAUUAGAAUGUAUGCCUUUAGCAGCAGCUUACGGUCUUGACGAAGUGUACCGAAAAUCUCUUCGUUGGGUUACGCGACAUUUCGUACGAAUAUGGCCAUGUAAAGCAUUUGCUACGCUUCCAAAAGAGCUCAUGGCAAAAUGUUAUCUUCAACAUAUUGUACAUAUGUCUACGGAUAACGUGCUCCAAACUAUGAUGGAUUGUGAUAAACUUCUUGCAACUUUGCCAAAUGUUCGUUGGGCUGAACCAGUGUUCAGAAUGGUCUCAAAUUUAUUGGAAAGUUCAGUGAAAUUUUUGUCGGAUAAUUUCUCAGGAGUUCUAGGAAAUGAAAACUUCCAAUCUCUUGGCCGAGAGUUAACAUGGAACAUCAGCCGAUUAGAAGAUAAUUUUUUAGCGGCUGCCGAACGUUUACCUCCUGAACAAGCAUGUAAAAGUUAUUCAAAAUUGCAUAAAAUGUUAACCUCGGCACAACAAGACGAAGUUCAAGAAAAAAUUAAGUGGGGACCUUUGUUUGUUGAUUUUUUGAAAAAAAUUCAAAGUCGGGUAGAAAAAUGCUUGGUUAGAGAUGCCGCUCGAGCUGCUAGAACUACUACAUGGUUAAAAAUGGACUUGGAACUUCGACGUAGAAUACAAGAAUUGGCUUGUCUUGUAAUUUUACCUAAUGAAACAUCGAAACGUCCAUCGAGACAUUCUAACUUUAUAAAAACUCCUAGGCCAGCAUCAAGUCGCUCAACAACCACAAACAGAAGUUUAGAUUUGUACCGGCUUACCUAACAGUUCUCCUCAAUUGCACAUCAACUUCAGCAGCAACAACAGCAGCAGCAGCAGCAGCAGCAACAGCAACAGCCACAACAUCAUCAUCAACAACAACAACAACAACAACAAUCGAAGAAAGUAUUUAACAAACCAAAAAGUGAUCCAUUGGAACGUAAAAUACAAAAUGAUAAACAAACCACUACAGAAACAAAUAGACCGAAAUCGUGGCCUAAUAAAUUAGAGGUGAAGUCGAGAUAUUUAGAACCUAGAAAUAAAUCUGUACCAAAAGAAACUACACAACCAGUACAUCCAGAAAAAAUUAUGGUACAACAACGACGAAAAAUAAUGAUAUCAUCUUCAGAUUCAUCUCGCACUUCCAGUCCAGCAAUGAAACGAGCUACCGAUAAAAAACCAUUAGCUAAAAUAAAAUUACCUAUAAAGAAAGAUGUAAAGGCACUUUCUUCAGAUAGUUUAACAGAAUCCAAUGCCAGCAGAACGAAUACCAAAGCUGAUUCAAUCAGUAAAAGUUGCGGUAUUACACGUCCAGAAUCUCCGUCUUUUAAACAAAAAAGUUCGGAGAUAGGCUUAUCUGUAGAUUCUUUAGCAGAAUCGAAGAACAAGUCAACAACUGUUAAGAAGAAGACCAAUAAAAUGGAUACUUCAAUGUCCACAGAUAGUCUCAUGACUGAAAUAACUACAACCCCCAAAUCGAAUACAUCCAAUAAACUUUCACCAACUUUAGGGAAAACAAUAAAUAAAGCACAAUCUUGUGAUAAAGGAGCAAAGAAGAGUUCACCACCGAUGCAGCAAAGAAGUCCACUUACAGCGACAAGAACCAUAAGAUCACGUAGAUCAUUAGAAAGUUCAACUGCAGCCAGUAGAAGCAGAGCUGCAGCAAUUAGUGCGUAUCAUUUGCGAAGAAAUCUUCUAGAUGCUGCAAAAACACCAGAUAUUCCAAGUAAGUCAUUAAAUAAUGUAUCGUGUAAAACGGUAAACACACGGCCGACACAAUCCACAGUUAAUGCUAUAAGAGAAAAGAAAGAAGGAGUGCCGACCCAACAAAGCUCCGAAAGUCCUAGUAAAAGAUCUUCCCCUAAAUCAUCUGGCACUAGUAAAAUAAAUAAACCUACGGUUACUAAUAAAAGGACAACUACUACAAAGACCUCUUGCGAUGAGAAAGUUAAAAAUAAGUGCCAUAAUGGGGAAGUUCCAAAACAACCAACAGUGGGUUCUAGAUCAGGAACCUUUUUGAAAGAUGAACCCACAAUUCUUAAAAAAGCAGAUAUUAAAUCUUCUCAAAUUAACACUUAAAUUUAUGAACUGGUUGCUAUGUAAGUUUUUAUACAUACAUAGCGCCAUUAGUUUUACGAUUAUACAUAUAAACUUAUUGUCUUUAACCACAAACGUGA